AUGCGACGAGGACCACUCGCGCUCCUGGCCACUAUCGUGGCACAUGCGUCGGGCGACAACUUGACCUUCUCCGCGCCCAAGCUCGUCCUGGAUGAUGUACCCUUUGCGUGCACCUUGACCUUGCCUGCGCUACCCCCACUCGGCGAUGCUUGGCCGGCAGCUCUGUUCUUCAUCGUCCAUGUUAAGACGCACCGUCUCGGGGCCUUCGUAGUGUCGACGACGUCCAAGAGCCAUACCCUGAGCAACCUCACAGUGGCAUCGACGGGGCUGCACACGCUGUACCUUGAGGCCAUUGAUGGCAACGGUACAUCCUUGGGCGCGGCGGUCACCACGGUGCCCAGCGUACCGGGUUUUCUAUCGCUUUUGCCGCCGCUGCUCACAGUCGUUGUCGCGGUGCUCUGCAAGCAAGUGCUCCUUGCUCUCAUGCUUGGCGUCUGGCUCGGCUGCGUCUUUCUGAAUGCGUUCAACCCGCUCGUGGCCCUCCUUCGCGUCUUCGACACGUACUUUAGCCACGCACUGGACUACCGCAACGGCCACGCGCAGGUUGUGACGUUUUGCUUUCUCCUGGGCGGGCUCAUUGGCAUUGUACAAAAGGGCGGCGGCGCCCACGGGCUCGCGUCGCUCGUCACGGCACUCGCAGCAACCCGCGGCCACGCCCUCGUAGCGAUCUUGGCGCUGACGGGGCUUGUCUUCUUUGACGAUUACGCCGCCAUUCUGAUUGUCGGUACGACCUUUUCGCGCCCGGCGCAGGACGUGGGCGUGAGCAAAGCCAAGCUGGCGCUGCUGCUCCAUGGCGCAUCGGCGUGCUGGGUGAGUCUCGUGCCCAUCUCGUCGUGGGUCGGCAUCCAAGUUGGAUAUCUCCAAGGCGAGGCCUCGCUCUCGGGCGACGCGUUCAGCUGGCUCCUUGCGUCGUGGCCGCACCGGUACUUUCCGCUGCUGUGGCUGUGCUUCCUUUGUCUCACGGUGGUCACGGGCCGGGACUUCGGCCCGAUGCUAUUGCACGAGCGCGCGGCACAGCGGCUCCCGCCCGAGAGCCGCCACCGCCUCUCAACCGACUCGGAGACGUUCUCACCCCUCGCCAUGGGACUCGCGAGUCCGAGCGUGCUUCCAGCGUCGGCUCUCGCGCCGACGAUGCCGGUCGCUUCCCAGCGCUGGUACAACGCUGCGCUGCCGUUUGCCGCCGUCGGCGUCGGGACAUGCCUCGGUCUUUACUGCGAUGGCCUCGCCCACUGCACCAGUGGGGACAAGUCGUGGCGCACGAUUCUAGCGAGCGCGAAUUCGUUCAACGCGCUCAUCGCUGGCGCACUGGCGGGCUGCGUCGUCGCGGCGACGCUCGUUCUCGGUCAGCAGCUCUUGACGAUGCGCGGCGUCAUGGCGGCAUGGCUCGCCGGCAUCGCCGAGACCAUGCUCUCGCCCGUGCUCGUGCUCCUCCUGGCGUGGUCACUCGGCGACGUCCUUCUCGACCUCCAAGCAGCCGCGUACUUGGCGUCGGCGCUCGGAUCAAGCCUGCCGCCUCCGCUGUUGCCCGUCGUGGUGACAGCACUAAGCUUUUGCCUCUCGGGUGCAACUGGGUCUGCGUUUGGGGCCAUGGGCAUCCUCUUUCCGCUUGCUCUACCGCUCGCCGCGACCUUGUCGCCCGGCGACACGGACUUGCUGACGCAAUGCGUGGGCGCGAUCUUUGGCGGCAGCGUCUUUGGCAACGUACUGAGCCCGAUCGCGGACGACACGGUGCUCACGUGCAUGGCGACGGGCCUUGACGUCCACACGCACGUGCGCACGACGCUUCCGUACGCCGCGCUUGUCGGCAGCAUGAGCCUCUUCCUGUGCGCGCUGCCAGUCGGGUACGGCGUCUAUGGCCCGACACUGGCCCUCGGCCUUUCGGUGAGCGCGUGUUUAUGCCUCCUCCUCGUGCUUGGGCGACCGGUGGUCGAGACGAGGCGCCUCGUCACCGAGGCGACGCCGCUUCUGCCACCCGAAUCUUCGUAG